CGUUUCGUUCAGCUCUCAUCUCAUUGUCAGCUUUGGUUCUGGUUCAGCUUUCUGUGGUAGAUGAAGGUACAGACUAGAUUGACCUGAACUUAGACUUGAGUGGACUUAAGAGGCACAACGAAAACAAAACAUGUACAAGAUUCAUGUUAAGAUAGCUUUCUCUUGUCAUCUUUGUGUGUAGGAGGACACAUUAUUAUUUAAUAGACCAACAAAAAUGGGGGUUCGAGGCCUGGCUACAUUCAUCUCGAACAAUGCUUCUGAUUACCUUCAGACUCACAGACUGCAGGAUUGUACGCUGGUUGUAGACGGGAACAACCUCGCUUCUCAACUGUACGUCUAUUUUUCUAAAAGCAACCCUGCUUACGGGGGCGACUACGACCGGUUUGGUUGCUGCAUUAGAGACUAUUUUGAAAGGCUUAAAGCCUGCGGAAUCGAGUCGUUGGUGCUCUUUGAUGGCGGCUAUGAGGCGAGGAAGCUGCCCACCGUGUGGCACAGGCUGAAGGGCAAGAUCCAAGCUUGCUCAAAGGUCAACCCUGCCAACCAGACAAGGAAAAACGUCUUCCCUCUUUUCCACAGAGAAACCUUUAAAUUGGUGUUGUCUGAACUGGGAGUGCAAAUGGCUCAGUGUGACUUUGAAGCAGAUGAGGAGAUUGCUGCACUUGCUCAAACGCUUCAAUGCCCUGUGCUUAGCCUGGAUUCAGAUUUCUUCAUGCUGGACGUCCUCUACAUUCCCUUUGACCAGCUGCUGCUGUCGAAUGAUGGAGCCAGGUUUCUUAGCUGCCGUAUCUAUCAGCUGAAAAGGUUUCUCAACAUGUUUGGAGGCCUUCAGCCUGAGAUGAUGCCGUUGAUGGCGACUCUACUGGGCAACGACUAUGUUAAAAGAAAUCUUUUUGAUCCAUUCUUUGCCCAGAUAAAGAAGCUGGGUAGCAAGAGAUUGUCGCUACAACAGCGCAAAAUCGCUGGAUUAAUCCAAUGGCUGCGCAGAGAGAAUCCAGAUAGUGCAUUGCAAAAGAUAUUGCACUUCAUCAAGUUGAACGAGAGGGAAAGAGUGAAGGUUGCGAUUGAGAGAGCGUCAUCGGCAUACUCCUUGCGCAACUGUGCGAUUGACAAGUACUUUGACUUGAGCCUUAUCAGGAGCACCACUUUGCAGGAUCCAGAGACCCCUCCACAGCUGUGUGAUAUGGAAGAAGACGAAACAGAGAGCGCUGAAGAGGCUGAAGGCAAGACCAAAGAAUACUAUGACGAUGAGAAUGAAGAAGAGGGGUUUGAAGUGACAGAUGAAGAAAUGGUCUCAAAAACCAGGAUACCAGAGUUUUUGCCAGAAUUCUUUAUUGAUGCGUACCGGAGGUGCCAAAUGCCUCCUGUGUUCAUGGAUCUUUGCACUUUGCACAUCUAUAUCAUGCAACCACAAAAAGAAGACUUCUCUGAGCGUGAGAGCGCUAGUGCAGUGAGUCUACCAAUAGUUCGGUUGAUGACCACAAUCUUGCUGGGACCAAAUCUGGCCAGCCGAGUGCUGCUGGUGACACGGAGGUUUAAAUCACCCUUCAAGGAGCCAUUGUUCAAGGAAGGACAAUCUCCCCCUGAGAAUGCCCCUCUUCUUCACAGCAUUCCAGAUAUGUCCUUGGAGGACAGGAGGGGCGUGUUGCUGGCAGCUGUAGGCGUCAACCUUGACCUCUUGCUGCCCAUUCCUUCUGAGUGGCGUCUCUUUUUCUUAGCCGUUCUUUACUGGGCCAAACAACCUGAGUUUCCCAUCACAGACCGCCUGGUACACGCUGUCGUUCUCAGCAUGCUCUUGCAGACAGUUGUAGCACCAGUGAAAAAGGGCACGAGUUUGAGUAACCUGGUGAGCACCUCAUCAAGAAAUUUAAAACAUCUGUUAGCUAACCUGAGCACGCCUGAGUGCAAACUUCUCUUUGGAGAGAUUUACUCAAAUAACUCGUUUUCAAAACCAAGUGGCAAGAGCAAGAACGCGUAUGACAUAAGUCUGGUGCAUAGUCUGGCGCAACUGCAGAGCCUGAUCCUCACACUACACCAGUUGAACCAGUUACUCCUGCAGCCCUUCCAGUCUGCGCCCAUGCACAGACUCUACUCAGGCACUAUGAUGUACAACGUGGCAAACAGUCUGCAAUCAAGACACGAUCCAAUGGCCUAUGUAAAGACAUGUUUAAGCAAGGGCCCGACCCUCUUUGCCCUGCAUGCCUUUCUUGCCGAUUUGGUUCUCACCUUUGCUCCAGACACAAAGAAAAUAAUCGGCAAGAAGAAGAAGAGCCACCCAAAUAAGACAAAGAAGGAUAGGGUGGCCGUGCCUGAGAACGAAUGCCUUAAAAAUAGUUUUGAGGAUGAUAGUGAAGAAUCUGGCUGUGAAAAUGAAUACUGGGAUCCUAACAAUAAGUUUGCCCUUCUCAGGGCCACUUGACAUUGUUUUAUAUGGAUAUAAUUUUAAUUAUUUGAGUUUUUAAGCUGAAUUAAAACUUUUUAAACAACGUAA